CCAGCGCCGCUCUACAAGUGCCCGCGCUCUCUCCUCCGGCAGAGCAUUCUCUCCGUCUCCGCGGUGAAUGAGCGCUGGCCAUGGGGGAGACGAGCCACGCCACCCGGGGAGGCAGCCUCCUGAGCAGGGCUUUGGGCUGCGCGGUCCCUCCUGCGGUGCUCGAGAUCGGGGGCGGCUGCGCCUGCACGGCCGAGGUGCGGGUGCUGGUGAUCAACACGGGAGGGACCAUCGGGAUGGUGCCCCAUCAGUCGGAGGGCAAGGAAAUUGGCAUCCUACCUUUCGACAGAAGCAUUGGCAACGGUCUGAUUCCUGAAGCUAACAAGUUAGCAAGGUACCUGAAAAAGAUCCCAAUUCUUCACGACACUGUGUAUGCCAGGAAGAUUAACCUGGAAGAUGACACUUUGGUGCUUCCCUCUUCUAACCAAAAUAAAAGAAUAAUCUACACAAUCCUGGAACUUGAUCAGUUGCUUGAUUCUUCGAAUAUGACGCCGGCUGAAUGGGACAAUAUUGCUAGACAACUUGAGAUAAACUAUGAAAAGUACGAUGGAUUUGUGAUCCUUCAUGGAACAGACACAAUGGCCUAUACAGCCUCGGCGUUGUCCUUCAUGUGUGAGAAUCUGGGCAAAACUAUUAUUCUGACGGGAUCCCAGGUGCCCAUAUAUGAACUGAGGAAUGAUGGCAGAUCCAACCUGCUGGGGGCGCUCUUGAUUGCAGGACAAUUUGUGAUUCCCGAGGUGUGUCUGUACUUUUGUAAUAAACUGUACAGGGGAAACCGGGUGACUAAGGUGGAUGCGGAGAGUUUCAAUGCCUUUUCCUCACCUAACUUGCCUCCACUUGCAAAUGCAGAGGUUGAUAUUACAAUUAAUUGGGAGACAGUGUGGAGAGCCAAUACCACCAAGAAAUUUGAGAUCCACACCAACAUGAACAGCAACGUGGGACUCCUGAGGAUCUUCCCUGGGAUUACGGCAGCAGCGGUGAGGGCAUUUCUUCAGAGCCCAAUGGAAGGGGUUGUACUUGAGACCUAUGGGAGUGGGAAUGCCCCCAAUAACCGUCCCGAUUUGCUAGCUGAACUGAAGAAAGCAACAGAUCGCGAAGUGGUGAUUCUGAAUUGCACCCAGUGUCUACGAGGAACGGUUUCGUUAGUUUAUGCCACAGGGAAGACUCUUAUGGACGCAGGUGUAAUUCCCGGAGGAGACAUGACACCAGAAGCUGCCCUUGCCAAGUUAUCCUAUGUUCUGAGCAAACCUGGGCUUACCUUGGCUGAAAAGAGAAAGAUGUUGGGUGAGAACCUGAGAGGAGAGAUGACUGUUGUGCCCAUUGGAACCAAGAUCACCCUCAAAGAUAGCAAGUUCAUUCAAGAGAUUGCAAAAUAUCUGUUUAUCAGCUGCAAGGAGGAACUUGAAGCUAUUAGAGAUGCUUUGACUCCUCCUUUGGCUUGUGUGGCUGCAAAGAAUGGGGAUUUGGAAGUCCUAAAAGCCUUACAGAGUUUGGGUGGAAACUUGAGUUCUGGGGAUUAUGAUGGUCGCACUCCUCUUCAUAUUGCGUGCUGUGAAGGCAAUUUGGAAAUAGUCACAUAUCUACUGCAGUCUGGUGCAACUGUAUAUGCAAAGGACCGAAUGGGAGCUACUCCUCUGCUGAAUGCUAUAAAGUUCAGGCACCAUAACGUGAUUGGUCUGCUUCGCAAAACUGGAGCUCACCUUUCCAGCCAGGAGCUUGUGAAUGUUGGAACAGAACUCUGCAGUCUUGCCUGCAAUGGAGAUGUUGAAGGACUGCUAGCAUGGCAUUUGGCAGGUGUGGACCUGAACCAGCAUGGCUAUGAUGGGAACACUCCAUGUAUUGUGGCCCAGAAUGCAGGGCAAAAUAAAGUUGUGGAAUUUUUCCGUCAGUUGGCAGGCUAAUGGGAUACAUAAAUGGCAUUUCUCUCAGGCACAUAUUAAUACAACUAAGGUUGAGAAGUACUGAAGAAUUCAACUUUGCAUACUAGUUUUAGCUUAGUAAAAAUAUCUAUUUUCUUAUUUUUGAUUUCUUUUAAAAAAAACAAUGAUCUUCUUUUAAAGAGGAACAAAUAUAUGAAAACGGAACAAACCACAGUCUUCACAUUUCAUGUAAACCUGCACUUUAACGCCUCUGGUCCUUGAUGCUCUAGUAACAUUGCUUGUUUGGGGGGUGACAGUAGCUCUUUACAAUGUAAGACAGAUACCUUUCUGAGGCCUGCCACCAGAGCUUAGAAAAAAUACUUUUUUAGACCUCCAACUCCUAGAAUCCCUCCUUUAGCAUGGCCAGUGCCUAAGCAGGAUUCUUGGAGGUUUCACCUCCCAAAAAUAACUUACCUAACUUCUGUCUGUUGCUAGGAAUUAUUUUUUACUGGAUAUGAUGGAGAAUUGACCACGACACACACAGCAAUGUUUACUACUACAGUUGUGGGUUUAACUUUUGCAGAUUUGAUUAUUUGUAGAUUUGAAUAAUAUGUUCUCUCUAGGAAUCUUCCCAAAUGUUGGCCAUAGAAUCACCUUGGAAGUCCUAAAGAGAGAACCUUUCUAAGUUUUCCGAGACAAUUCUAUAGUCAACUUCUGAUGGAAGUCAACUUCCCCAACCAACACGAGAUUAGAGGGCCUGCUGUACUCUGCUGACAGCUUUCACCAUUGUGCAUUUCAAUACUAAGAGCUUAUUUAAAGAGAAACUAGGCAAUUUGGUAUUUCAGAAUUCAACAACGUAAGGUUAAAUGCUUUCAGCUAGCUUUCUUCCAAUCACUUUCUUAGAAUGGUAGAUCAAAAUGGGACCAGUGGGAAACAAGGAUGAAGUUGCCAGUAUGUCUGGGGAAAGCUAUGGGGGAGGGAUUUGAAAACAUUUUUUUACUCCCUUUAGCAGGCUUUUGGGGGCAUUCUGGGGCGAAAGAAGAGUUUUUUUUGUCACAUUUAUUUUGAUUCCCUGGGGAUCACAUAGGGCUCAUAGGAGACACUUUGUCCACCCCUGCGCUAAACUCUUUCAGAGGGACAUUCCCCCUGAAAGCAAUUCAUAGGAGUUUGAAAAAGAACUGGAAAAGGCAAACAGUAAACAGUUAGGACUAAAGGACAAAAUGGUGUUAUCUUGGAAAAACAGACUGGCUGGCUGUCUGCUCAGAGAAGCAGACUCCUACAUAUAUGAUUUGCAAUCGUGUAUCUGAAUAGUUUUGCCUGAGGUGAAACCUGGAGGAGAGAAUAAAUUCUGGGGUUUGAGUACAUAACCUUUUAUAAAAUACAUAUUUUCCAGGGUUAUAUGUGUACUUCUGCCUCUAAUGCUACACUUGGUUAACAUCUUAGAAAGAGAUCUUUUUCUGCAUGGCAGGGGAUUGGACUAGAUGGCCCAUGUGGUCUCUUCCAACUCUAUUAUCAUAUUAUUUUAUUAUUCUGCUUGUGAAAAAAAAUAUCAUUGGAAUUGUAUUUCAUCUCUUUUUGCCAUGUCAACACAUAUUUACUGUGGAAAUGAUUAUGAUUUUGAUGCUAUGUGUUUUAAUAAAAUGCUGGAAAACA